CGCGCCCUCCUGGAUGAGAUGAACUUGCAGCGGUGGGCAAUCUGCGUCCUGCGCUCCACGCGUGCUGAUAUGGGCUCGGACUGCGCAAGUUACCACAGCAAAGAGAACGUGUUCGUGGAGGGCUUCACGUGUCCGCGGGCGGACAGCGACACGGCGGCGCUGUACUGCUGCGGGUUCAGCGACCUGAAGUACUGCUGCGACGACUCCAACAGCUUCUUCCCCUACGAGUAUGGAUACAUGUGGUGGCUCAGCCUCGGAGCUCUGGUGGGUCUCUCUGUGGCAGCUUUGGUUCUGCUUGCCUUCAUCAUCGCCCUCUGCGUCCUCUGCUACCUGUUCAUCACCACCAAACCCAGGGGGCUGGACGACGGGCUGCCGCUUCGAGCACCAGGUGCCACAUCGAGUCCCCCGGGACCCGGACCGAGUCAUGCCAGCGCCCCUGCUGGCCCUCAAGGCUUCAGGAAACACUUCCUGAGGGGCAAGAUGGACUGUGACAACCAGCCCCCAGACCCCGACCGCCUUUUCCAGCGCUGUUUCAUGGCCACUGUGACGUCCAUCAACGUCGAGGGUCCCGCAUAGUCGCGUAGAAUAUUUCACCUUUCGACCCGUUGCUUUUUGCUUUGAUUCUUUCCCCUAUCCUCUCUCACCGAAUGUGGUCUGAAUGUAGAUUCGCACAUAAUCUCACGGAAGGAAUGGACAUUGCACUUACUGUAAGUCGCUUUGGACAAAAAGCGUCAGCUGAAUGAAUGUAAUGUGAUGUAACGUUUGAAAGUUCCUUGAGAAAGAAAUGUAGCAGAGGAGCAAAAUGUUUUCUGGGUUGCUUUACAUUUGUGAUUUAUUCUAUUUGUUAUUCAUGAAUAUAAGUGUUUGUGUAUUCUGAAGUCGCAGCAACACUAAAUUCUCAUUGAGAAAAAAAAUCACAAGCUUUUCAUUGGUUUUAGAUACAGUAGAUAUGAGUUGUAGUAAAUUUAUCAGAGGCAAUCUCUGUGAUUGUCAGCCCCUGUUGUUCCUUAAUGGGCCACUUGAACAACCAUUUCCGGGUUGUACUUAGUACUGCUCGACUGUUUCCGGCCCGUUUGGCUCUAUUAGCCGACGGGUCGGAAAUCCAUGAAAGCCGUUAAAUUUGGAUGACGCCGAACAAAGUGGGACACAGCAGUGAUCGGAGUACUUCUUCAUCUGUGUUGAAAAAUGUCCCGUUUCUUAAUGAAAAUGCGUACUGAAUGAAGUGUGGUGAGAAAACAGUAACGUUUUUUUGUUGACCCCGCGAGACAGUGAUUUGACCUGUCUGCCUGUGCCCACGUUUCUGAGGACAUUUAUCCUGACGGCCAGUAACUCUGCUCAUACACUGUGCUGGAGUGAGAGGGAGCUGAAUAAUGCAAACGAAAAACAACCACAAAGCUGAAUAUGUAUGCUGCAAAUGAGGAGCGUGCGUGGCUUACUGUAGAUGAAAGGUGUGGGUGUUUCAGUGUUGAAUGCAUUAUGUUGCGGUUUUGGAACUUGACCCCCAACCCUUGACUUAAAGUGAGAAUAUUUCUCUCUCUGCUUCAGUACAUAUACCGUAUUUUCCGCACUAUAAGGCGCACCGGAGUGUAAGCCGCAGCAGCUAAAUUUAAUGAUUUGCACAAAUCAUUAAAUUUAGCCGCACUGUAUAUAAGCCGCAGGGUCGAAAAAUGGGGAAAAAGGCGCGGCUUAUAGUCCGAAAAAUUACACUAUAUAUAUAUAUAUAUAUAUCUCCCAAACCCCCCAACCUUUUUGUGGAGGUCCAAAUUCUGGAGCUCCACUGGACGCAGCUAAAUCAUGUUCCCGCUGUGUCGUGCCUGUUUCAUUUCCGUUGUCCACAAAAGUGCAGUGGCGUCGUGCAGCGGCCCUCGCAUUUACAACACAGCGUAGAGCUCUGUUGCGAACAUUUUUAGCGAGACUCGUGGACCUCGGGAUGGCAGUGUCUGUCAGCCUGGUGGUCCACCACUUUAGUCCCGACAUCUCAACCGCUAUCUGAAAGAAGCUUGUCACAUUGGGGACUUUGGCGAUUAUCUGACCUCUGCUCUUGCGCCACCGUGAGGUCCACAUUGGUUGGUUUUGAGAGCGAAAUGUCCUGCUGGGGGAUGGAUUGCCAUGCAACGUAGUACACGCUCUCUCUCACACACACACACACACACACACACACACACACACACACAUCUGAAGUGCUAUCUGAAGUGGAAGAGAUUUUUAGAGGAGAAAUUGACUCAUUUUUCGAGAGUAAGUCACUAUAAAUGGCACACAUACACGCACACACAGAGAGAGAGAGAGAAGCUGCUUAAUAGAGCAGAAAAUGGAGCUGUGCAUGAGUGAGAUAAGUGAUGUCAGUCACACCAGCUGCAGUGUGGCGGCUUUCAAUGGAGCUUGAAUAUCUUUUUAUUUCUCUUUUAUUUUAUGAAGUGACAUUCUUUGCUCACACUUGACCUGGAGCUUUAUCUUAUGCAGACACAAAAAGAGGCCUGACGCUUUUGUGAAAAGUUGCUUCAAAUUGUAUUUCGAGUGCUGCAUGUGAAUCGAACGAGGCGAAUGGCACAAGCGUCACCACAGACGUGUUUUUCGUUCAUUCUGAUUCUGAUUCGCAAGUUCUGAGGGUUGAAGAAAUAUGACAAAGACUCGUAGAUCUGUCAGUGUUUGUGUUGGAACUGUUGGACGCAAAGCGAGAAGAGCCUCGUCGCACAUGCACGCGUCAAAUCCUGGGCGUCGUCGAGUGUGAAGGCCGAGGGACGGUCAGAGUCUUGGUCGCAUCGCGGCAGUUGUUGUCAGAGCGAAAAAAACUGUAGCUUCAUGUUGUCGCCAUGAACUCUCGCGCUGUGCAAAUGACUGCUCACCUCAGUAUGAAGAAUAUUCACUGUAUUGUUCCGCACAGAACUGAUGGCCUCAUUGAGACAUCAGGUUAUGUUGACUUGUACUUUGCGCGAGAUAUUUGGCAGCUCAAGUGCCUGUGACCUUAUUAAUGUGCAUUUUCCAAAGUUAUUAAA